AUGGCAGUAUUUGGGUUGGUCUCGGCGGUCGCCGGGUUCGUCAAGGUGCGGUAUUUGAUCGACAAGGCUGUUAUCGACAACAUGGUCUUCAGAAUGCAUUACAGGAUCACGUCGGCCAUUCUGUUUCUUUGUUGCAUUAUUGUUACUGCCAAUAACUUGAUAGGCGAUCCCAUCAACUGCCUAUCGGAACUACCCUCCGGCCAUGUGAUCAACACGUAUUGCUGGAUCACGUACACAUUCACGCUGCCGGGCAACCUCGCGAAGCCCGUGGGUACCCACGUGCCCCAUCCGGGUCUGGGUGGCGAUUAUGGAGAGAAAAGGUACCACUCAUACUACCAGUGGGUGCCGUUCAUGCUGUUCUUCCAGGGUGUACUGUUCUAUUUACCACAUUGGAUGUGGAAGCAGUGGGAGGAAGGUAAAAUCAGGAUGAUAUCCGAAGGACUGAGAGGUGCCAUGAUGGACUCUAAGCAAGAGCGUCAAUCUAAAACCGAAAGACUGGUUCAAUAUCUCAUGGAGACCAUGCACUUGCAUAACAGCUACGCUGCUGGAUAUUUCUUUUGUGAGGUCCUCAACUUUGUCAAUACCGUUGGUAACAUCUUCUUCGUAGAUACGUUUCUGGGUGGUGCUUUUCUUACAUAUGGCACGGAUGUGUUGAAGUUUAGUAACAUGAAUCAGGAGCAACGUACUGACCCAAUGAUCCAAGUAUUCCCACGAGUAACUAAGUGUACUUUUCACAAAUUUGGUCCCUCUGGUUCGAUCCAGAAAUUGGACGCGCUCUGCGUGCUCGCGCUCAAUAUUCUCAACGAGAAAAUCUACAUCUUUCUGUGGUUCUGGUUUAUCAUAUUGGCUGUCUUUUCUGGCUUGGCGGUGCUGUACAGCAUGGCCAUAGUGUUGAUGCCCAGCACACGCGAAACGAUUAUCAAGAAGCGCUUCAAGUUUGGCACAUCAACUACAGUUAGCACGCUCAUCCGAAAAACUCAGGUUGGUGACUUCUUAAUGCUUCAUUUGCUGGGUCAGAAUCUGAAUCUCAUGACGUUCAACGAAGUGCUAGAAGAAAUGUGCCGUCGUAUACAAUUCGGCAAUGAUGCAUCGCCAACAUCAGUACCUUCGGCACCCAGCACCCUCGAAAUGUCGCCAAUGUACCCGGAGAUCGAGAAAUUCGGCAAGGACACCGAGAUCUAAAUGCGAGAAGAAACUCGGCCGUCGUCGCCAUCUUCCACUGCCCUUCUUCCCCUUUUACUUGUUCGUAUUGUGAUAAUAUCGAGGGCGGUUUUGUAAUGCCGUCAUCUCGGUGCCAAUAAAGAGACAGAUUCGUGCCGCGCUGUCAACUACAUUAUCGCGCGAGGAGCUAUGUAAAACCAUACGCGCACCGGACGUCUCUCUGCUGCCCAUCGGGGCUCAUGUUUAACGUAGCCUUACUGUCACACGACACUCGUAAAACGUAAGCUCAGCAUUAAAAAAGCCUUGAUACUUGUCUCCUGUCAACGAGAGUUUCGCUCAUUAUCGCGUUCUUGUUAAAACGCGAGGCGAUCCUUGACGUUUAUGUUCAAUGAGACUUCCAAUUGGAAAUUUCUGAAAACUGUAUCUUGCAAACUAUACGUUGAUCUUUAUUUUUUCUGUUUAAUCACUUUUCAUUCAAAAUUGUUAUGCAAUUCAUUUCUGAUUGGAGAUUCACUCGGCAAUUUCAUUAUAUUCGCUCGUGUAUAAAAUAAUACAUCAAUAAAUUUGUACAAAUUAAUGCGCGAAUUAUCUCGGUAGUUCCUUCGUUGAAACUUUUGUCAUUACGAGAUGUUCAUUUAUCAUUGUUACAUUGCUAUUACGCAAUUUGAACGUAGCCUUCGUCAUCUCCUUAUUCAGCUACAAUCGUUACGAGAUUUUCAUGUACCAUAAAAACAAAGUUAGAACGCGUAAAAUCGCACAAGCCAACAAGGCUUUUUGCCGAUUAGUUCUCCAAUGAGAUUUCUAUUGUAUUACUUAUUUUUUCUUCUUAUAAGUAUUUUCGCUUGAAUGGCAAAUCACAUGGUGAGAAUUACGUAACGAGCAUUGUAUUUCAACAUGUCAAUCAGACUUGUCUACCAGAAGAACGCAUACUAAUUGUCUUACACUGCAGCGGCACGAACCGAUAUUAGAUUUAUAUCAUAUAAAUAUAUAAAUGUAGAUGAUAACGCGCGCAAUGCUCUCAGAUUAUAAGACGAUGCACAUGUAAUUGUUUACAAUCGUUAAGUCGCAACACGUUUUCAAAUGUGAUAAGAGUCACAUUCCCACUCGCUAUAAUAUCGAGUCAUUUUAAUUAUUAAUCAUUUGUUCCAUAUAAAUUUAUUCCAUGCCGAUUUAUUUCACGAUUUGGAGGGGAGAAAACGGUCACAUGCGAGACACGUGAAUUCAUAACGAUGUCCCAUACGCAACAUUCCUUUUUAUACCAUCAAAAGAAUAAAAGCAGACAUCGAAGCGGUGAAUGUAUCGCUAAAAUACAUUUGAUACUUGCUUUUGCAAUAUAUAUAACAAAUGUCCCGCAAAUCGCUUACAUUAGUUAGGGAGCGCGGCAAUAUUUUACUCAAAGUGACGUAGGAGAAUAUUCAUUAUUCCAUUACUUGUGACGAAAAAUGUAUCGAUGUUAUAACGACCUCGUCACAAUCACACAGAAAUUCAAAGACAGGAAUAUGCUGCUCAACAACGAAUUUUCUAAUAUUUUAAAUAAUUGUACGUAUAUAUAUUGUAUGUAUAUUAAGUAUAUCCGAAUAUCCGAAGGUUUUCGUGCAUAAGACCAUUAAUAUGAAGCUUAAAGUUCGAGGGAAUACAGCGAAAUCCGUGGAUUUAGACAAUAAUAUCGUAAAAUACUAUUGCGUGCUAUCACAUGAUUUUCAAUGAAGAUAUAAAAAUAUUGCGACUUACUUUAUACUAUAAGUGUAAAGUAAUUACAUUUAUUUUAUCUUUAUUAACCUAUUUAUAGUAGCUAAUAAAGAUAAAGUAACGUGUCAAUAUUUCAAGCAAAAGGAACAAAACAAAUGUUCAUACAUUCCACGAUUCAUUAUUUUUUCUAUUAUUUCUUUACGCGAAUAUUUUCACGUGACUGGCACUAAAGAUUGUAACAAAGAUUAAAACAAAUGAUAUAUUGAAAUUUGACUGAAAAAAGAACUAUGCAAGCAAUCCGAGGUGAUGAUGUGUAGUCAAACGUUCUUUUUCGCAAUUCACUUAUAGGGAGUCUCCACAUAUCUAAAAAUCUAUCAAAAUGAUGUUUAAUUUUC